AUGGCAGACAAGGACCGAGGAACGGAUGCCCCGUCAUACAGGCGGUACAUCCCGAGGGCUGCCACACGAUCCCAAUCGGCAUAUAUACGACCGCCCUCUGCUACUGACACCCUCAGACGCAGUGCAACGGUAAAGGCCAGCGAUGGCCAUAGACCAGGCUCAUCCAUGGAGAUUUACAGAGCCUACGAAGCCGAACAGGCGGCUGAGAAGGCACGAGAGCGGUCUGCAUCAGCAAUUGGCACGCGCAUCACUACCUCUGCGAACAGCAGCCAACGAGACACAGACAGUCCCCACCGAAUGUAUUCGCCAGACACGUACACAUCAUAUGCUCGACCGGGCGAUAGGGAUCGGAGCGCCGAUCGCUCUGACGCUCACGUACGGAGUGCGCGCAAACUCAGAGACCCAUUGGACUCACUCAGAGACGAAAUCGAAGGACUGCAACGCGCAAGACCAACGGUGGGCGAGCGCUACGGCCACAGACAAGCCAACUCACCCGUCACUGUGCUGAGUCUGGAGGAGAGGUAUUUACAGCGACUGCCGCACGGGCCACCCGCCACACCAAGCGACGCUGCUGUGCCCAGAGACGCACAGACGUUGGAGGAGACACAGGCACAGGCGAGUGCACACGUGGACACGCUGGUACGCAGCCGAUACAACAGCAACCGAGAAACGGUGGCAGCAGCCAAUGGCCACACAGACGGAGACAGCCAGGGCCAUACGACAGCCGACCACUACACCGACAGUCACUGGCGCAGAGGGCCAGACGAUCCCUGGAAGAGCACACACACACACCCGCCCAACAGCGCACACACAAAUACACUCAAGGACGAGGUCAUGCUGUGGCUGGACGGGCGGCUCAAGACCAUGAACAUGAUCAACGAUGCACGCGACAGGCAGAGACAGGCACCCCAUGCAGCACACGCCACACAGGCACACCCACGCACACAGCCCUAUGUGGACGCACCAGACGCUGGCGCUGGGGCGUACGUAACCACUCACGCCAUACGGCGAUCAUCCUUAGGAGCACACACGGCACACGCGGCGAUGAUCAAGAACACGGGCAACGGCGCAAGGGAUACAGGGGGAGACACCGGUAACCAUGGCAACAGCAUCAGAGACCAUGGCACCAGCCGACCAGAGCACGACGACGACAACAGCCCCAGCAAGCGCAUGCAGCGACGGCACAGCUACCGCCGACUGGAGCCAUCGCAUGACGCAUACACCACCACACACAACGCCAUCAGCAGAGACAGAGACAGAGACAGAGACAGGGGCACGAGGACAAGCGGAAGAGCUCAGACAACUACAACUACCGGUGGUGGCAGCCAUGCACAUGGGCACAGCGCACGACACCACACAACAGCCAAUGACACGGGCAGCCACAGCGACAACGACAGCAACAACCACACGCCACCCACCCACACCUCACCACAACCACACCACUCCCCUCACACGCACAAUGCGCACCAGGGCAGCGCAGGCAGUGGCCAUGGCUCAGACAUAGACACACGCGGCGUCACUGUGGACCCGCAGUGGAAUUCCUUCAAGCACGAUUUAAUGCAGGGCCGUCAAGGCCAGCCCGCUGUGGACAGGCAGAGGCAACCAUUGCACAUAGCUCACACGCAUGACGCAGAUGUCAACACGGCAGAGCGAAGAAUACGCGACAGGGAGCGCGAUGGCCGAGCAAGGAUAGACGCCGACUCAUCCCGCUUUGUAUUGCGGGACACAAAACGGGACGAGAGAAUUACCAGGCAGAAACAACAGGGGAUUGCUGAGAGCAUGUACAAAGCACGGGCAAAUGGCAUGGACACAGUACCAGGUAAUGGGUCAUCCGCAUUUGAUAUUGACGAGGACUACUACGCCGUUGCAGCCGAUGAUGUGGCCACGCGCACGCACACAAGCCCAUACCACGAAGGGCGCAGAAGUGGUACACAUGCACAACCAGACAGACCCGGUCGAAGGGACAGGGACAAGGACAGGGACAGGGACAGAGACAAAGAUAGGGGCAGAGACAGAGAUAGAGAUAGAGAUAGAGGCGUGGAGACAGGCACUGAUCUUGAUGCACGCGACAGGCAGAGGAGACGCGACCGAUCACGACAACGACUGCCGCAACACCACACGCGCACCACCACCACGGGGCAGCCAAUGGUCAUCGAUCCACACACACACCAACCAGCCACGCUGCCACGCACAUUCAGUCGCCAGAACAGUGUCAUCAGCACAACAGGCAGCGACAACGACGACGACGACGAAAACAGCACCAACAGCGACAAAAAUAGCAACAACGACGCCAGCGAGGGCAAUGGAGACAAUCACAAGCGCAACAGACACACACACGGCUAUGCUGACAGGAGGGAGCACCCGCACACACCCAGCAAUCACGGGCACACGUCCACGCUCACGGAUGCACUCGCGCACAUGGAUGAUACUUUGGCUGGGCAUAGGCCGCGGAGGGACGCAGUGACACGCAGCGAAAAGGCGGUGCACGAUGCCACGCGAUCACAAUCACGGUCGCACUCGCGCACAAGCUCGCGUUCACGGUCACGCUCAACCUCGCGCACAAGCUCACGCAGCGGCGCCCAUACGCCAUCGCGCUCUCCUGCGCGCGAUAGAAACAGCGACGCUGAAGACGCGCGACCAACCCAAAGCUGGAAGGCCAGGGAGCAGAAGGUCAGAGACCAGCGCGUGCGUGAACAGGUGCGGGCCGAGAGUGCGGCGUCGGGGAUUGUGGGGGUCAUCAAUGUGGGCGAUCGCGUCAGUAUCCCGUCCAAGGAAGAUGGCAAGGGCAUCGUCAGGUAUAUUGGCUUCACCAAGUUCGCCCAGGGCACCUGCGGGUAUGAAUAAUGGCUCAGUUAGUGGUGUCAAGUACUUUGAGUGUUCUCCCUUCCACGGCUGCUUUGUUCAGAGAAGUAGAUUGUUCGCAGUGGAUAGGUCAGCGUCUCAAAGCUGAUCGUCAUUCAAGUGAGAACAAGAAAUAUAAUAACGGCCAUGCACACCACUCUCGCCUAUAAUCCAAAUCCGUGUACUGUUGGUUAUCCGGCGUCAGACUGUGAAUGUGCUUUUCUGUACCUGAACGCGUCAGAAACUAAAAUAUAGAAAAUAUUAGAAAUAAAGU